AUGGAUCAUGAUAUAUGUUGUGUGAUAUCGCAAUUGGUGUGUGACAAAAGUGAUAUUCAAUAUCAGAAAAUUGAUUUUUUAGGUAUUCGAGGUGUCACUCAAAAAAAUUUUUCAUCAGAACCGUCACAAUGCAUAAUUGACCUCAACCUUCCAAAUUGGGCCAUCAAAAAUGAAUAUGCUUGGAUUUCAAGACAAGUUACUUUACCGGAAUCGUUUUUUCAUGACCAAUGUUAA